GUGGGCGACUAUUUACACAAUAAGGAAUACUUUCCAGAGAAAUUUGAAGAAUGUCAUAAAAGAUACCCUAGCCAAAGGUCAAUGUCCCAGUGACCUGCAGUGAAAUUAAUCCGAUUUUCAGGAAACUCUGGCACCUUCUACAAUUCUUGCACCAUCAAUUUUAUUGGAACUCAUAUCAAAGGUGUUAAAUAAGAAAGAAGACGCAAUAAUCCGCACUCCUGGAGCAUUAAUUCCUGGGAGGCCAAAAUAAUUACAUUUGAUAUCAGAGCUUCGUAUUAAACCACACUCUUUGUUUCGUUGGUUCCUGGAAUUGAUAGAACCAAAAAAUCAAGAAGAAACUUAUCUCUUACAGACGAGGAGGAGAAUUAUACCCAACAGAAAAUCUUCAGAAGUAAAUAUUGGGCUAUCUGAUGUGAAGGGUUUUAGAGACUCCGUGGAUCCCGCUAUCGGCACGCUCCUUGGGAGUUAAUGCUACGUCUACGUCGGGAUGUAUAGUUCCUCUUCAUUAUAUUAGACCAAGAUUACUAUUCAUUCAAAACAGAAUUCGAAAGAUUAAUACGUACUGUAAGGUAAGACGACCGUCUGCGCAAAGGAAGGAAAAUCUCCGUAAACCCGUGCGUAAAAUUGGCCAGGAAGCUUUUCCAAUUAGAGGAACAAUUACUAAGUCGAUAUUAAAAAAAAUUCUGCUCAGUCAUUAGGUUUACAGCGUUAACAAACUAUUGGUGUACAAGCGAGGUAUAAUUUAGCUUAAUGGAAUCGUUCAGUUACCGAAGAACAUAUAUUGGAGAGUAACUAGAGAAAACUACGACUGAAAAGAAAAGUUAGGUUAAUGAUAAUGUCAUUUGGAAAAGGAACGGGUUCCAUUGUGUGAAGUACCAAGCAUUGAAUCAAGAAGCUAAAGUGGUCUACUGAACAUUUACAUUGGCUUUCAAAAGAAAAGAAAAGGAAGUAUGUUUGUUUAAUGAGACAAAUUCGUGGAAUAAGUUCCUUGUUGUAUAAAUAUAACUUCACGUAUGAUAUUAUCCUAAACCAUAAGUUUCACCAGACUUAAAAACUCGGAAUUUCUGUUUGUGGUCAGCUAAUGAUGUUGAUGACGGAAUGUCCAACGACUCUUUCAUCACAGGUCCCAACUGCACCGCUGAGUUAGCAGAUAAGGCCGGGCCGCCUCCCCAUUAUAUCAGAGAGACCCGCACUUUGAUCGGACUUCUGCUCUCCCUGUUCCCGGUGCUCACUCUGAUCGGCAAUGUACUGGUCAUCGUGGCCGUGUUUACUCACCAACGCCUGCGGACGAUCACUAACGUCUUCGUUGUAUCUUUAUCAGUUGCCGACGCUCUGGUGGCCAUAUUGGUAAUGCCGUUUGCCGUGUACUUGCAAAUUAACAACAACAAGUGGAAUUUAGGACCGACUGUCUGUACAAUUUACACUUGUUUUGACGUCAUGUCCACUACCUCUUCUAUCAUGCAUUUGUCAUGUUUGGCUGUCGAUCGGUACUUAGCCAUAUGUCGGCCAUUCCUUCACGAAAGACUCAACAAUAAAAUUGUAGCGACCAUGGUUGCCUCGUGUUGGAUACUUCCGGCAAUAAUAGCCUAUAUUCCAAUUUUAAAGCAGUGGAAUCAUAUCGGGAUAGAGGACUAUAUCUACUGUUUAGGAGAUUCUGUGUGUCAGCUUAUUGUCAACAUACCAUUUGCCGUUAUUUGUUCCACAAUUGCUUUCUACAUUCCGGCCGUGUUUUUGAUCAUUUCCAAUGUGAAGAUUUAUCUUGCUGCAAGAAAACAAGCACAUCACAUUCGCAGCCUGGAAGCUUCGGUUCAUUGUAAACGCAGGAACAGUAAGUUCAAGCACGAAACCAAAGCAGCCAAGACCAUAGGAAUUAUUAUGGGGUGUUUCUGUGUGUGUUGGUUUCCGUUUUUCAUAAUGAACAUCAUAGACCCCAUUAUAGGCUAUCAGAUAGAAUAUGUGCCGUGGACUAUUGCGUUGUGGUUAGGUUAUCUAAACUCUAUGUUAAAUCCAUUUUUGUACUAUAAUUUCAAUAAGUCUUUCAAGAUGGCAUUUCGUCGUUUAUUAACAUGUAAACAGUGCCGGGGUGUGAGUGAGUUUGAGGACGAAAUGCCUGUCAGUCAAUCUGAGAUGAUGUUAGCUAACCAGUCGCUUCACCAUAUCAACCAUUCUGGGAAUGGAGUUACUAAUUUGCCGACUGAACUUUCUCACCUCAAUGCAAAUGUAAUAUGACGUCUUGUUACUAUAUUAGGAUUGUGAAUUCUGAUGUGUCAUUUUCCGAUGACAUUGAAACAAGUCCAAAAACGCAGUGCACAUAGGUCAAGAGAAAUCUCAGUUAAAGGCCUUUUCAGGUGGGAUAACUCCAAAAUGAAGACUGGAGGAAAAGAUACCUGUGCUAAAAAACGAGAGCGCACGGAAUCACUCGGUGAAGUCCAGCGCCAGACAACUUUUUUCUUGUCAACCUUUCUCAUUCUAACUAUUUAUAUUUGCUGGCUAUGUAUCUGUUUUAAGUUUUAAUUUAUAUUUUGUUAACAAAGAAAAUCGAUUUUGAUCGACAAAAUUAUAUUAUGAGUUAUAUUUAUUCCCAAGCUGGUAGCAACGACUACAUAUUAAAUUUAUUUAUAGUGCAGAGACAUUAAUUGCAACACUAACCGUCCAUAUACUUUUCUAAUUUUGUCAACGCUAGAUAUUAAAGCUGCUCUAAGUAAAGAAUUUCUACUCUUAAUUUUCCUCUUGUAAGUAUUUUUUUUAAAUAUAGAUUUCCUUCAUGAAACCGAGUGAAUAAAGCAAGAGGUUUUUACA